ACCGGCAGGAAGAGGAGGGGGGGUCCAGAGAGAAGAGGGGCGGACUGAGAGGAGGUCUGAGUCGAGGACACGAGACGGAGAAGAGAGAGGACGCUUCUGCAGAAGAAUUAAAACGGUCAAAUAGGGAUUUAUUGUUCUUUUUUAUUUGUUUGUUUGUUUUCUGAACUUUCAUCUCAACACAAACACGGAGUAUAUUCUUCCUCUUGGAAGCAGACGCACAUCUCCAGCCUCAGGAUUAUGGUGCUGAAGGAGGAUCAAAAAUGAUGAAAUGUAAAGUUCACGGUUGUUUGUGGUUCACUUCGCUGCUGCUGCUGCUGGACGCGAGCGGCGCCGCCCCCACAGAGUCCACCAGGUGCAGCAUCUCCGUGUCUGAACCAGUAUCCGGUCUGGACUGGGUCUCUCUGACCGUCAGCACACCCGGACCCGACUGCUCCUUCAACGUCUCGUCUCAGGACGGCGGAGCCGACGGCGCCGAGUGUAGGAGGAGGAGACGAGGAGGAGACGAGGAGGAGGAGGCUGAUGACGUCAGAGGAAGGGAGCGAGGAGAGGAGGAGGAGGUGAAGGAGGAGGCUGAUGACGUCAGAGGAAGGGAGCGAGGAGAGGAGGAGGAGGGAGGAGGUGUGUUCACCUGCGUGUUGGAUCAACUGGAGCCUGGGACCUCCUACCAGCUGGAGAUCCAGUCCCAGAGAGACCAGGAGACGGCAAAUGUCACCCUGCACACCAAGCCGUCAGCGGUGAGCGGCCUGUCCGUGACCUCCAGGACCUCCAGCAGCCUGGGUCUUUCCUGGCAGGCCGGCCCGGGAAGAACGCAGCGCUUCAGGCUGCAGCUGUGGGAUCAAACUGGUCUUGUGAGGAACGAGACGUUAGAGAGCACGGCGACGCAACACACGCUCACCGACCUGACGCCGGGGCGGCUGUUCAACAUCACCAUGGUGACGGAGGCCGGAGGGCUGCAGAGCAGCCAGACGACGGCCGGUCAGACAGGUCCCGCCCCCGUCGGCAACCUCACCGCCGACCAGGGCAACAGCACAAGCUUGUCGUUGUCAUGGCAACGGCCCGAGGGCGACCUGGACGCCCUUGUCGUCGCCCUCUCGACCAAUGGGACGGCUUCUUGGAAGGCGACGCUUUUGCCGAACGAAACGGAGGUCGCCGUCGAUCAGCUGACUCCCGGCUCGGCCUAUCAGGUCGAGGUGACGUCCAGGAGCGGCAAGCUGACGAGCCAAUCAGAAUUCACCAUCAGGACAGCUCCGGCGGCGGCGUCCCUCCUCUCCCUGUCUCCCUCCUCCUCUUCCUCCGGCGACCUCCUCCUCUCUUGGUCGCCCCCCGCUGGCCGAUGGGAGAGCUACAGGCUGCUCCUCCUCGACGGCUCCCAGCAGUUAGUCAGCGCCGCUCUGGACCGAGAGGCCGUUGACUUCAGCUUCCCCGGGACGGGACUAACGCCUGGAAGACGGUACAGAGCCGUGCUGAGAGUGGAGAGCGGAGGACGGACGGCCGAGAGCAGCUGUGAGGGAGCAACAGCUCCGGCCGCCGUGUCGGAUCUCCACCUCCGACACUCCGACGAGACCUCGCUCAGCGCCAUGUGGAGCCACGCCCCCUCCGGGUCACGUGACAGCUACUUCCUCACCAUCCGCCACGGAAACGUCACCGUGGAUACCCGGACGGUGGAGCCCAACAUGAGGGAGUGCACGUUCAACGUGCUCACACCUGGGAGGAAGUACACCGUCACCGUGACAACCAGGAGCGGUAAUCUCAACACCUCCGUGUCCCUGGAGGGGAGGACAGUUCCCAUGGCGCUGCGUGUCAUCACUCUGAGGAGCUCGGGGGUCAGGAGCCUUCAGGCGUCGUGGGAGAAACCACCUGGAGACGUGGACUUGGUCUCGCUGACCCUGCUGCAGGACAGCGUGGUGAUCCAGAACUACAGCGUUCCAGUCGGUUCUUCUUCUCUGCUGCUCGGCGGUUUGAUUCCCGGCGCCCUCUACAGGCUGCAGGCCGCCGCCGUCAGCGGAGCCCUGCGGUCCGAAAGCACCGAGCUGGAGGCGCGGACAGCCCCGGCGUCGGUCUCCGAGGUCGCGGCCUCUAACGGCGGCAGGUCGGACGUCCUGCGGGUGUCGUGGCGCCCGGCGGCCGGCGUGGUGGACGGCUACACGGUCCGCCUCCUGGACGGGACUCGAACCGUGCACGCGCUGGCCGUGUCUCGCUCCUCGCCGCCCGAGUGCUCCUUCAGCUCGCUGGUCGCCGGCCGCGUGUACUCGGUGGUCAUCGUGUCGAGGAGCGGCGGCCUGGAGAACGCCACCGCGGUUCAGGCGCGCACACAACCAGUCACCGUUCAAAACCCAACAGCUGUUCACUCUGGAAGAGACGACUUCCUCAAGGUGUACUGGCGCCAUGCAGCAGGAGACCUGGACCGCUACGUGGUCCUGAUCCGGUACAACAACAGCGUCCUGCAGAACCAGAGCGUCUCCGCCGGCCACAACGAGUGCGUCUUCUCGUCGCUGUUGCCGGGCAGACUCUACACCGUCACCGUGGAAACCUGGAGUGGGGACUACGUCAGCAGCGUCUCCACCGACGGACGCACAUUUCCUGCGGCUGUCGGGAAUCUGUCGCUCUGCUGCGCGGGAACAGGUGAGCUGUCCGUCACCUGGAGCCCCGCCCCCGGAGACGUGGACCACUACGAGGUGACGCUGCUCUUCAACGACACUCGCGUCUUCCCUCCGGUGGCGCUGGGCAGCGCGGUGCGGCGCCACCGGCUGACCUCUCUGACCCCGGGGCGCCUCUACAAGAUCGUGGUGUCCACCUUCAGCGGCCCGAACCAGAGGGCGCAGUUCAUCGAGGGGCGGACAGUUCCCAGUGCGGUCGGGAACCUCCACCUGGCUCCUCAGGCCGUACUCACGGACUCUGUGGGCGGGCUGCUGGUCUCCUGGACUCCUGGAGACGGAGACCUGGACAUGUACAGCGUCUCCUUGUCCACCGCGGACGGCGGCGUCAUCGAGACUCGCCCCGUCCCGAAACACGUCUCCUCCCUGGACUUCCUGGAUCUGACCCCGGGCCACGCCUAUGCCAUCACCGUCCAAUCGCUGAGCGGGAAGCUGACCAAUAACAACACAGCCGUCGGCAGAACCGCUCCGGCCAGAGUCACAGCCCUGCAGGCGGAUAACGACCAAACCACCCACAGCCUGACCGUCAGCUGGGAGAGGCCCGUGGGCGUGUACGACGGCUACAGCCUGCAGCUAUUGGACGAGGCCGGCGCCCUCCUGGCCAAUCGGUCGGUUUCUGCCGAGAGUCGCAGCGAGCGCUUGGAGGGUCUGACGUCGGGGAGGUGGUACGGCGUGAAGGUGACGACGCUCAGCGGCGGGGUGGCGUCGCCGAGCGUCGCCACUGAGGGACAAACCCGUCCGGCUGCAGUCGGCAAUCUGAGCGCCACCUCGUCCAACACCUCGUCGCUCUCCUUCUCCUGGCGUCCUUCACAUGGUCACGUCAACCUCUACGACCUGUCGCUCUACGGCGUCGCAGAGGUGACAGCCAAUCACAGGCCGGAGGCCGCCGGGAGCAGGAAGGAGCAUCAGCAGGAGCCGGUGGAGCUCCAGAAAGUGGGUCCGGCUGCAGACGGCUGUGUUUUCUCCGGGCUGCGAGCAGGAAGUCUGUACCGACUGCAGGUGGUGAGCUGGAGCCGAGACAUGAGCAGCUCCUCCUCCGUGACGGCCAGAACAGUCCCGUCUUCAGUGUCGUCUCUUGAGGUUCAGAGUUCAGGGCGGACGGACAGACUGUCGGUCAGCUGGCAGCACGGAGAGGGAAGCUGGAGCCGCUACGAGGUGGUUCUCUACGACGGCUCCGGAGCUUCUAUUGGAGCCCAGACGCUGGGGGCGGAGCACGAGAGUCACAUGUUCUCAGGGCUCGUCCCUGGUAGGCUGUAUCGCGCUGAGGUCAUCACACACAGCGGAGAACUGACCAAUAGCAUCUCAGCAUUCGGACGCACCGCUCCGGAGCCGCCCACCUACCUGUCAGUCAAACAAGGCCCAACCAAUGACACGGUGGAGCUGUCGUGGUCUGGUCCCGCCUCCGGAGACUACGACAGCUUCAGCCUGCAGUGGACGCCUCCGGACCACCUGUCCGUCACACAGAUCCACCUGACCGGCCGCGUCCUGGGCGGGAUGUUUCCCGGGCGGCGGUACAACUUCACCGUCGUGACCAUCGCCGGGGGCGGAGCCAGGGGCGGGCCUACCGUCCGGAGCCAGCCAAUCCAGAGGAGCGUCAGGACAAGUCCGUCUCCUCUGAAGUCCCUCCACUGCUUCCCUGUCUCCUCGUCCUCCCUCUCUUGCUCCUGGUCGCCUCCUCUCUCCGACUUCGACUCCUACGAGAUCGAGUGCCGUCGCCACGACGACGGGGAUCUGACCUCUGCUCUGCGGCUGGCGGCCGGCGUCACCGCGGUAACGCUGGACCAGCUGGAGGCGUACAGGAAGUACACGGUGACCGUAAGAGUGUCGUCACGGGGACAGACGAGUCCUCCAGAGAUACACACCACAGUCACCAUGAUAGACCGUCCUCCGGUCCCGCCCCCGAGCGUCCGUGUCGGCGAGAGGUCGUCAAAGGUCACGUCGUCCUCCAUCUUGUUCCGCUUCAACUGCUCGUGGUUCAGCGACGCCAACGGAGCCGUGCGACACUUCGCCGUCGUCGUGGCCGAGUCUGAGGCCAAUGAGGUGCUGCAGCCGGAGCAGCGCCACCCGCUGCCCUCUUACCGCGACUACACCUCCAACUCCUCCGUCAGAGCCUAUCAGACCGCCUACUUCUCCAGCCGCUGCCCACAGGACGCCGACACGGCCGCCGGACAGGUGGUGGAGGUGAACCUGGGGGCCGGGGGGGACCGGCUGGGCGGGGCUUGCGACCGUUACCACGACGACGACGACGACCUCUACCUGAGUGAUAGCUACGGCGGCUUCUGUGACGGACCUCUGAAACCCAAAACCUCCUACAGGCUGAGUGUGCGAGCUUUCACCAGACUGUUUGAUGAAAACCACCAAGAGUUUCCUGAGCCGCUCUUCACCGACACUUACCUGUCCUCACCUCUCAGGACACACUCCGAGCCGUUAGGCGGCGUGGUCGAGGGUUUGAGUGCCGGCAUGUUCCUGAUCGGGAUGACGGUGGCCGUCGUCUCUCUGCUGGUGUACAGACAGCGGCUACGCAAAGUGGCUGUCCAGGAGAACCCGGUGGUGAGGAUGAGUAUGUGGAAAGAAGUUCCGUCUUCAGGAUCGUAUCUUGGCGUCCGGAGCAAUCGUCGGGUCACCAGUCCCAUCAAAUCCUGUCACUUUGAGUCUCACCUGAACAAACUGCAGGCCGACGCCCACUUCCUGCUCUCUGAAGAGUUCGAGGAUCUGAAGGAUGUUGGAAGGAACCAAACGAUGGACGUCGCUCGACUGCCGGAGAACCGAGGAAAGAACCGCUACAACAACAUCCUGCCAUAUGAUUCUACUCGAGUGAAGAUGUCGUACCUGGAAGACGAACCCUGCUCCGACUACAUCAACGCCAGCUACGUACCUGGUCAUAACUACCGGAGGGAGUACGUGGCGUCUCAGGGUUCUCUUCCCGGCACGAAGGAUGAUUUCUGGCGCAUGGUGUGGGAGCACGGCGUGCACAACGUCGUCAUGGUGACGCAGUGUGUGGAGAAAGGACGGGUGAAGUGUGAUCAAUACUGGCCUGCAGACCGGGAGCCGCUGUACUACGGAGACCUGGUGGUCCAGAUGCUGUCCGAGUCCGUCCUGCCAGAGUGGACCAUCAGAGAGUUCAAGAUCACCUCGGAGAGCGGCUGCAGUUACCCUCGGGUGCUGCGUCACUUCCACUACACGGUGUGGCCCGACCACGGGGUCCCGGAGAGCACCCGGUCCCUGGUCCAGUUCGUCAGGACGGUCCGGGACUACGUGGACCGGUCGCCCAGCACCGGGGCCACCGUGGUCCACUGCAGUGCUGGUGUUGGCCGUACAGGGACGUUCAUUGCCUUGGAUCGGGUUCUGCAGCAGUUGGACUCUAAAGGAACCAUCGACCUGUACGGCUGCGUGUUCGACCUCCGACUGCACCGUCAACACAUGGUCCAGACUGAGUGCCAGUAUUCCUUCCUGCAUCAGUGUGUUCGUGACGUUCUCAGAGCCAGAAAACAUCGCAGUGAACAAGAGAACCCUCUUUACCCGAUCUACGAGAACAUCAACCCAGAGUACUGCCGUGACUUCGUCUUCACCGGACGCUGAACAGACGAUGACGUCAUCGGACUCCUUUACGACCUUCUUGAGUUAUUAUGUUGUUUAUUAUUAUUAUUUAGAACUUUUUCUGCGCAGUAAACAUAAAAAAACAUCAACAAUAAGUCGCUCGUUCUGCAUCAAGUUCUUGACGAGUUUUUGGAAGUUUAGAAAAUAAACUAAAGUUUUAAAAUACAAACCAGAGAAAAUAUUUUUAAUAAAACGAAACCUUCCGUGUUUGUUUGGACUUUUAUUGAUAAACUUAAUCGAUACCAAAGUGUCUCUAAUAAUUACAUGUGGUGAACUCUCUGUGGCUCUCAGGUCGUUAAUAAAGAUAUAACUGUUCUCACUGCUCCAUAUAAGCUGUUUAUUUAAAAAGUUACACAUAUUGCUGUAUGUACAUAUGGAUUUAAUGCUCUUUUAUAUAUAUGUGGUUAUAAACUGUUAUAUUGAGGUAUUUCUAUUGUCUCAUUUAUGAAAUCAAACAAUUAUAUUCAUAACUUUCUGUAUUCAGACUUACGAUAAUUAUGACAUUUAAUUGUUUAUUUCUUAAAACACAUAUCAUGAAGUUGUUUAUAUAGUUUAGAGAUAAAAAGGAAUCUGAUGAAAAAUAUUUACUUUGUUUGAAUAUUUGAGAAAUUUGUGACAAUUAGUGUCUGAAAAGUUCACAUUAUUAAAUAUAAUAUAUUAUGCAUAUUAUUUUUAAAUGGUUCCUGCUCAUGUUUUGGGUUUAAUUCUGAGGAUGUAAUGAACUUUGUUUUUUAAUCAUAAUGCUGGGUAAUUAUUAGUGAUUAUUAGUAAUUAUUAUUGAUUAUAAUUACUAGUAAUUAUUAGUGAUUUAGUAAUUAUUAGUGAUUAUAAUUACUAGCAAUUAUUAGUGAUUAUUAGUAAUUAUAAUUACUAGUAAUUAUAAGUAAUUAUUGGUGAUUAAAGGUCUCCAUUUUAUACAUAUUAUUUGUCGUAUUGGAUUUAUUGAUCAUAACUAUAGAACAUUGAUAUAUUUCAUCAGGAUGUGAAUCAGUUUUUAUUGGAUUAUUAAUUGCUGAUUAAAAAAACUACACAACGA